GAGGCCUUACUUUGUUCGGCACUUUGUUCGAGGGCAGUUCGUCGUCGGUCGUCGUCCGUUGCUGCUACCUGCUGCCGUCGUCGUAGUCUUUUGCGUCGGAUCUAAAAUCUAAAAUCAAACCCAUCUGCACCGAGCCGAUCUGAGAAGUGUUCCGAUCCGAUUCGUCGCGUUCGUUCCCCGUCGAUUGUGAUUUGAUUUGAGUUGUUGAUUUGCUUUGGAUUUGGAUUUGAAUUUGAGUUUGAGUUUGAAUUCGAAAUGUGGCCGUCGCUGUAAUCGGGAAUACUAAUACUGAGUGCUAAAUCAAAAGCCAGUGCUGAAUGAAUGAAUGCACAGCCAGAAAUGAUACAAGCUUCCUCCCCCCGUUCAUGACCAGUGUGAAAAGUAAUCAAAGAUAAAUAAAUAUAUGCUUAGAGAGAGAGAGAUCAAGAUAAAGAUAAAGAUAAAAAGAGAGUGCAAAAUAGAGUUAAAGUGCUAAAGAAAAGCGGAUUGCUACCUCGCAGCUGGAAAAGGAUUUACGCGCUCAAAAGUUAUAGAUACACCCAAAGAGAAACAACACCGAACUGAACAGCAAUUAAAACUUUGUUUACGUGUAAUUAAAUCAAUCGCACACAAACACACACACACACACCAUAAACACACACGUCAACCCACACACCAACAGCCAUUAUCGGAGUCUCAAAUAUAUCGACUGAAGCCUUGAUCGCCAUCAGAUUGUAUCGGAUUUCCUUGCCGCGGAUCCAGCCACCAGAAAAGCCUUCAAAAUUCUUGAUAAAGUGGCCUCAAUAGGCGCCAACACGCUCAAUUUUACGGACCUAGGGAGCCCCUACGAGGGGCCUCCCAGCACCCCCCAGUCGGGCAUGGACGCUCCCGAUGCACCCCACACGCCCAAAUACAUGGACGGUGGCAAUACCGCGGCCAGCGUCACGCCCGGCGUCAAUAUACCCGGCAAGUCAGCCUUUGUCGAGCUCCAGCAACAUGCCGCCGCCGGGUACGGCGGCAUACGGAGCACCUACCAACAUUUCGGUCCACAGGGUGGCCAGGACUCGGGCUUCCCCAGUCCGCGAAGCGCCCUCGGCUACCCGUUCCCGCCCAUGCAUCAGAACUCCUACUCCGGCUAUCACCUGGGCAGCUAUGCCCCGCCCUGCUCCAGUCCGCCCAAGGAUGACUUUUCCAUCUCGGACAAGUGCGAGGAGUCCGGCCUGCGGGUCAACGGCAAGGGAAAGAAGAUGCGCAAGCCCCGCACCAUCUACAGCUCGCUGCAGCUCCAGCAGCUCAACCGACGGUUCCAGCGCACCCAAUACCUGGCCCUGCCCGAGCGAGCAGAGCUGGCGGCGAGUCUGGGCCUAACGCAAACGCAGGUGAAAAUCUGGUUCCAGAACCGCCGUUCCAAGUACAAAAAGAUGAUGAAGGCCGCCCAGGGUCCGGGCACCAACAGUGGCAUGCCUCUGGGCGGAGGUGGGCCCAAUCCUGGCCAGCAUAGUCCCAAUCAAAUGCACAGUGGCGGUAAUAACGGCGGCGGCUCAAACAGCGGCUCCCCCUCACAUUAUCUACCUCCCGGACACAGUCCAACGCCAUCGAGUACGCCCGUGUCCGAGCUAUCACCUGAAUUCCCACCAACGGGUCUCAGUCCGCCAACGCAAGCGCCGUGGGACCAGAAACCCCACUGGAUCGACCACAAGCCGCCACCGCAAAUGACGCCGCAGCCACCUCAUCCAGCGGCGGCAGCGCCACAUCAUCCGCAGUCGCACCACCACAACCCGCCACCCCAAAUGGGUGGCUACGUGCCCCAGUAUUGGUAUCAGCCCGAGACGAAUCCAUCAUUACUAACCGUUUGGCCGGCGGUCUAACAGCAUCCGAGCACGCUGCCCUCGGCUGCCUGGAUGCAGCAUCAUCACCACCAGCAGCAGCAGCAGCACCAGCAGCAGCAGCAGCAGGCGCAUCUCCACCAAUCCUUUCCAGAUCUGAGUCUGCAGCAGCACCAACACCAGCUGCAACUAGGGCUCCAGCAGCAUCGGCAGGACUAUGCCAGCGGGGCGCUAGGCGGUGGCGUGGGCGUCGGCGUGGGCGGGGCAGUGCAUCACACAAUAUCUUAGC